ACAAAAGGGAGCGGAGCCGAGCCGAGGAGCGGCUGCUUUGCAUCCCUUCCCGUCAGCCCCGCUCCUCGCUCGCUUCCUGCCGCCGGGAGCGGCCCGGGGCGGCACCCGGAACAGGGACCCGCUUCGCCAGCCCAGGCCAUGACCGCCUAGCCGUGGGGUGAGAUGGAACGCUUCACCGACUCUGGAACUCAAACGGAUGCGGUGGUGGUGCUGUCCCUGGCCCAGGCCGCUGUCUUGGGCUUGGUGUCCGAGAACGAGUUCUUCGGCGCAACCAUCAGCCCUGGAGGCUUCUUUCCCGGGCUAGGAAAUGAACUUGCAGACACGGCCACGGUAGAACCAGAGGAUCCGGAAGGCGCUUACAGGCUGCAGAAGGACGGCUGCGUCCCAGCCGAGGCGCCGGAGGAGGAGGGGCUGGAGGCAGAGACUCCAUUUGAAAAACAUACCCGGAGGAGGAAGCGGCCCCCAGUGAGGCUGGUGCCCAAGGUCAAGUAUGAAAACCCUGCGGGUGCGGAGGAGGAGGUGGCGUAUGAAGUGUCCGUCCCUGGCGACAGCAAGGAGGAGACGCCGAGCAGCCACCCGCCCAGCCUCGAGGAGUCGGGCUGUGAGAAGACCGUGCAGAGCAGUGCCAUGAAGAUGAUUGACCUGAGUGCUUUUGGCAGGAAGCCCCGGCGCUUGCGGCAUCUGCGCAGACACGUGCGGCAGGACGUGGGCCUGGGGAGUUAUGACCCCGUCCAGGUUGGUUACGCUGAGGCCAGCGUGGGCGGGGCUCCGGCAAGCACCGGGCCAGAGGCCCUCGGAAGCGAGUGCAGCUUCGAGGCGAACGCUGCGUCUCUGGAGGCGCCCAUGCCAGAGUCGCCAGAGCAGGGGAAGAGCGAGCAGGGCUUUGCGUGGCAGGAGCCAGCGGAUUUUGACGCAGACGCAGCUGGAGUUAACACGGAGCGCAAUAAAAAGGCCCAGCUGGACCGGCUGGACAUCAACGUGCAGAUCGACGACUCCUACCUGGUGGAGGCGGGGGACCGCCAGAAGCGCUGGCAGUGCCGCAUGUGCGAGAAAUCCUACACCUCCAAGUACAACCUGGUGACGCACAUCCUGGGCCAUAACGGCAUCAAGCCCCACUCCUGCCCGCACUGCAGCAAGCUCUUCAAGCAGCCCAGCCACCUGCAGACGCACCUCCUGACGCACCAGGGCACGCGGCCGCACAAGUGCGACGUGUGCAGCAAAGCCUUCACGCAGACCAGCCACCUGAAGCGGCACAUGCUGCUGCACAGCGACAUCAAGCCGUACAGCUGCCACUUCUGCGGGCGGGGCUUCGCCUACCCCAGCGAGCUGAAGGCCCACGAGGUGAAGCAUGAGAACGGGCGCUGCCACGUGUGCGUGGAGUGUGGGCUGGACUUCUCCACGCUGACGCAGCUCAAGCGCCACCUCUCCACGCACCAGGGGCCCACGCUCUACCAGUGCCUGGAGUGCAGCAAGUCCUUCCACUACCGCAGCCAGCUGCAGAACCACAUGCUGAAGCACCAGAACGUCCGGCCCUUCGUCUGCACCGAGUGCGGCAUGGAAUUCAGCCAGAUCCACCACCUCAAGCAGCACUCGCUCACGCACAAGGGUGUGAAAGAAUUCAAGUGUGAGGUGUGUGGGCGUGAGUUCACCCUGCAGGCCAACAUGAAGCGGCACAUGCUCAUACACACCAGCGUCCGUCCGUACCAGUGUCACAUCUGCUUCAAGACUUUCGUGCAGAAGCAGACCCUCAAGACCCAUAUGAUCGUGCACUCGCCGGUGAAGCCAUUCAAAUGCAAGGUUUGUGGGAAGUCCUUCAACCGCAUGUACAACCUGCUGGGACACAUGCACCUGCACGCAGGGAGCAAACCCUUCAAAUGCCCCUACUGCUCCAGCAAGUUCAACCUGAAAGGCAACCUGAGCCGGCACAUGAAGGUCAAACACGGGGUCAUGGACAUCAGCCUGGACAGCCAAGAUCCCAUGAUGGAACUGACCGGGGCAGAGCACACGGAGCUGGACGCCCAGCAGGAAAUGGAGGAGUAUGACGAGGAGAAUGCCUAUGACUACGCAGGGGUGGGCAACCCCCCGGACGAGAACGCCCUGACGGAGCAGGCCAUGAAGGAAAUGGCCUAUUACAACAUGUUGUAGCUGACAGACGGGGGCCAGGCCCAGCCAGGUGCAGGGCCACGAGAGGGAGUGACAUGGGGAAAACAAGCUCCUGUCCCGUUGCAGCAUCCAGAACCAAAAGCCAGGCUCAGCAGGGCCUGCCCCAUGGCGCUCGGCUGAGCCCAGGGAAGCUGAUGCUCCAUGGUGAAGGAGGAAACGGGGAUGGCUCUGAGCCCUGGCCGUGCCAGGCUGGAGCUGGGCUGCAGGAAGUGGUAGCCUUCAGCCACCGGCCCACAGAGGUGACAUACUGAGCCACUGGCUCCUGAGGCCGUCCAGGCUGGAGUGCGACUGGGCCUGCCUCUCACCUGGGUCAUCCCCUCUCAGGGCCCCUCGCCUGGGGGAAGAGCAGAGAGCCCCGUGUUCAUUCCUGCCUGCGGUCUCCGCUGUGCAGUGGGAGCAUAGUGCUCAGGCCGCGGCACUGGGAGGGAGCUCUGGCUCCUGGGAUCAGCCCCGGGGUGCACUAGAAGAGAUGCUCUCUGGCCACCGUACUUGAAGCCCCAGGUAGGGAAAGGCAUGGUCCAGAACCUGCUGAGCAUUAAUUAUAUUCUACCUCCUCCCUAGUCUGCUGUGGUGGGGACUGCAGCCCAAUCCUGGCUCGGAGACACUUGGACUCAGCCCGCAGCCAGUCCCACUUUAUCCCCCUGCUCGGCUCUGCAGCCGCCCCCCACCCCAGGAAGCAGCCAUAUGUGUGGGGGGGUGCGCCUCUUUUGCUCUCCUCCCUUUGCCUACACUGGGGCCAGGAACGCUUGGUCUGGCAUCACCCAGGAGUGGGAGGGAGAGGUGCUGCUGCAAAGCUGAGCUGGAGCCGGCCCUGUACCCAGAGAAUAUUUUCUUAUCGCCCCGGGGGAGGCUCGGGGCUGGGCGCUGUGUUAAAGGACAGGCCUGUACAAAGCUGAGAAAUGGGGGUAUUUUGAAAGUAAUUUAUUUUUUUCAGAUGCGCUGAGCGGUUAAAGGAUAAAUCCAACCACCUUCCUUUGUAAAGCUGUGUAACUCAUGUGUGAGCGGGAGGCGCUGGGUGGGGAUGCAGGGCUCCCGGGGAGAGCACAGCCUGCACGGGGACCCGGCGGGGCCCAGAGGUGCUGUCACUCCCUGAAGGAAAGUGAGCGUGUUUGCCUGCUGCCCAUGAAGAUGGGCCUAGGGAACCCAACGGGGGGAGGCACUGUCACGUCCCCAGUCUGCUGCUUGGGGAGGGGAUGCCAGCCUGGGGCUGGGGUGACUGCAGAGGCCCCGUGGGGCUGUGCUGCAGCAGGUGCCAAGGGGGUUAACCCUGGGGGCAGGAGCUGGGGCUGUUACUUGUAAAGCACUGGGAACUCCAGGCUGCAGCCCAGCCCAGCCCAGCCCGAAUGGCUCUCUGCUGAAAGUCACUGGCCCAAGAGGUGCAGGAACCAGCCCUGGGGGUGUGUCCCUGGGAGCCAGCCCUGCCCUAAGUGGAAGAGCCAGCAAGGCCCAGAGUGAGGGCAGCGGCUGGAACUGUGUGGAAACAGCAGCUUAGGGAGGCCCUCUCCAGCCUAGCAGCCACUGCUGGGCUUUGCAACCCAGGUGGGGCGGGGGAAAGAAGCAAAGACCUUGCCUCCAUGCUACCCCCCUGCAUGGGCUUGGGGCAGCAGUUGACAGCUAGUGUUAUGGUCCAAGCUGGCCACAGGCAGGGCAGCCGCUCCUUUGAGGGCUCCAGGGCUGAACACAGGGAAAGACUUUGCCAGUUUCCCCUCUCCUGCCAGCUCAGGACAGUGCAAGCACAGAGGGACCAGGCCCCAGCAGGGAGGUGAGCAUGCAGCUCCCCCCCAUGCCCCAGUGGAGGGGCAGGGGCUAGCCCACAGAGCAAUGCCCAGGCCCUACUGGGGGAGCUCAGCUACUGCAGCUCCAGCUCAGAGGUCACUUUUCCCCCUGCCGCAACAAUGCGGAGGGACUCAAAGCUGCCCAAAACCGAGGUAGCAAUUCACCCCUAGCUACCAUUGCUGGCCCGCAUUCCUUGCAGGGUCCAGGGUGCAAGCCUGCAGCCAGCUACUGCUCCUCUCCCCGUGCAAGCUGCCUGUGUCCCCACUUACCAGACAGCACCUGUCCAGCCUGCAGCGUUCACGCUGAAGCACGGCUGAGCCCAGGAGGAGGGAAGGUGGAGCAGGCUCUCUGACUGCCGCGGCAGCCGCUCGCUCCCUGCUGAGUUCUCUGCACAGUCUCUUUUAGGGGAGCUGCUCUGAGACCGGGCAGGCAGGCCUGGCCUGGGGGCAGAGAUGGAGGUUGCCAAGGCCAGAGAGGCCUGGGUGACAGUGGCCCAUGCCUGUCCCUGAGCAGAGGACAGCAGCAGUGUGCGCAGAGCAGUCACUGGUCUCCUUCAGGCAAAGCUCUCGGGUGCACUGGCGUUCCCUCGCUGGGAGAGCUGUUUAACAAUCAUUCUAUGUAACAGCCUUUAGCUGGGGGAUUUCCCAGGCAGGGCCAGCCCCAGCCUCCCCCUGGCUGGCUGCGAGCCUGGCCCUGCACCUGUCCAAACAGCAGCUUUGGCUGGGGAGGGGGCUGCAGGCAGGGCUCUUACUGGAGGUGAAUGCAGUCCGGCGUAACUUGCUGUGAGAGCUCGCUAGGGCCCCGCAGCCCAGCCCAACCCAGCCGGACAGAGAGGGGAAUUUGCC